CGCCGAACUUGAACGCCCCUCUGAAGAGACUUUCCUCCCGCGCCUGUUGGGGUUCAAACCUCGAAAACCCGCCCCGGUGUGUUGGAUCUUGUUUGGCUGGUGCCGGUACCUGGCCGUUCCUUCAGCCGGCUGAGUUAACCACCUGUUCAGUCGCGGGGGGUUGGACUCCAGGCUGCAGUCCUCGCCCUGUUUAACAACCUGGAUCUUUGAACUUUUGACACGGCGGUGGAAGGACGUCAUGUGUUAGACUGCCAGAUAUGUGGUGGUACUCUAAUUUUACAGAUGAAACUAUUCUGAUUGACUUCCAUCUCUUCCUGCCUCACUUCUUGAGAUUGCUUAUGUGCUAGUUAUUAGAAAUACAAAAGUUGGAGGGUUAUCCGGUAUAUUAAUGUCUUAUUGAUAAUGGCAGAACAUCCACCACUACUGGAUACAACUCAGAUUUUAAGUAGUGAUAUUUCUCUUCUGUCUGCCCCUAUUGUAAGUGCAGAUGGAACACAACAGGUUAUUCUGGUACAAGUUAACCCAGGGGAAGCAUUUACAAUAAGAAGAGAAGAUGGACAGUUUCAGUGCAUUACAGGUCCUGCUCAGGUUCCAAUGAUGUCCCCAAAUGGCUCUGUGCCUCCGAUCUACGUGCCUCCUGGCUAUGCCCCACAGGUUAUUGAAGACAAUGGUGUUCGAAGAGUUGUUGUGGUUCCUCAGGCACCAGAGUUUCACCCUGGUGGUCACACAGUCAUCCAUCGCUCUCCACACCCUCCUCUGCCCGGUUUCAUUCCUGUCCCAGCCAUGAUGCCCCCUCCACCACGCCACAUGUACUCACCAGUAACCGGAGCUGGAGACAUGGCAACACAGUAUAUGCCACAGUAUCAGUCUUCACAAGUGUAUGGAGAUGUAGAUGCUCACUCUUCACAUGGAAGGUCCAACUUUAGAGAUGAAAGAUCUAGUAAAACAUAUGAACGUUUGCAGAAAAAAUUAAAGGAUCGCCAAGGAACACAGAAAGAUAAGAUGAGCAGUCCACCAUCAUCACCCCAGAAAUGCCCUUCUCCUAUCAGUGAACAUAAUGGGCUUACAAAAGGGCAGAAUGCUAGUGGUACAAACACAGGAUCAGUGAAGAACAAGUCAGGAAAGGGAAAAGGUGGUGUACAAAUUGAUACAGAAAUAGAAGAAAAAGAUGAAGAAACUAAAGCUUUUGAAGCACUUCUUUCCAACAUUGUCAAACCAGUGGCCUCAGACAUCCAGGCAAGGACAGUAGUUCUUACCUGGUCACCACCUUCCAGCCUCAUAAAUGGUGAAACAGAUGAGACUACUGUACCAGAGCUCUAUGGUUAUGAAAUUCUGCUCUCAAGCACUGGAAAAGAUGGGAAAUACAAAAGUGUAUUUGCAGGAGAAGAAACCAGUGUCACUUUAAAUGAUCUCAAACCAGCUACAGAUUACCACGCAAAAGUCCAGGCAGAAUACAAUUCUAUAAAGGGAACUCCUUCCGAAGCUGAAACCUUUACCACCUUGAGCUGUGAACCUGACAUACCUAACCCACCAAGGAUAGCCAAUCGGACCAAAAAUUCACUUACUUUGCAGUGGAAGGCACCUAGUGACAAUGGCUCUAAAAUCCAAAGUUUUAUUUUAGAAUGGGAUGAGGGAAAAGGAAAUGGAGACUUUUGUCAGUGUUAUAUGGGCUUACAGAAGCAAUUUAAAAUUACUAAACUGUCACCAGCAAUGGGUUGUAAAUUUAGACUAUCAGCCAAAAAUGAUUAUGGUACAAGCGGUUUUAGUGAAGAAGUCUUGUAUUACACCUCAGGCUGUGCCCCAUCUAUGCCCGCAAGUCCUGUGUUAACUAAAGCCGGGGUUACUUGGUUAUCCUUACAGUGGAGUAAACCCUCAGGGACGCCAUCAGACGAAGGGAUUUCCUACAUUUUGGAGAUGGAGGAAGAAACUUCAGGAUAUGGUUUUAAGCCUAAAUAUGAUGGGGAAGACCUUGCUUACACAGUGAAAAAUCUCAGACGUAGUACAAAGUAUAAAUUUAAGGUUAUUGCUUAUAACUCAGAAGGUAAAAGUAGUCCAAGUGAGGUGGUAGAGUUUACUACCUGUCCUGAUAAACCUGGAGUCCCUGUAAAGCCUUCAGUUAAAGGAAAGAUACAUUCACAUAGUUUUAAAAUAACUUGGGACCCACCAAAAGACAAUGGAGGGGCAGCCAUCAAUAAAUAUGUAGUAGAGAUGGCAGAAGGUUCUAAUGGAAACAAAUGGGAUAUGAUAUACAGUGGAGCUACUAGGGAACAUCUUUGUGAUCGACUGAAUCCAGGCUGUUUCUAUCGUUUUCGAGUUUACUGCAUCAGUGAUGGAGGACAGAGUGCGGUAUCUGAAUCUUUACUUGUGCAGACUCCAGCUGUGCCUCCUGGCCCAUGCCUCCCUCCCAGAUUACAGGGUAGACCCAAAGCAAAAGAAAUACAGUUACGAUGGGGACCCCCUCUGGUCAAUGGUGGAUCACCCAUUUCUUGCUAUGGGGUGGAAAUGUCUCCUGUAGAAAGAGAUGAACCCAGAGAAGUUUACCAAGGUCCUGAAGUAGAAUGUACAGUGAGCAGCCUUCUUCCUGGAAAGACUUACAGCUUCAGACUACGUGCAGCUAACAAAAUGGGGUUUGGGCCAUUUUCAGAAAAACAUGAUAUUACUACAGCUCCUGGACCACCAGAUCAGUGUAAGCCCCCUCAAGUGACGUGCAGAUCUGCAACUUGUGCACAAGUGAACUGGGAGGUCCCUUUGAGUAAUGGAACUGAUGUCACUGAAUAUCGAUUGGAAUGGGGAGGAGUUGAAGGAAGUAUGCAGAUAUGUUACUGCGGGCCCGGUCUCAAUUACGAAUUAAAAGGACUUUCACCAGCAACUACCUAUUAUUGCAGAGUCCAGGCUCUGAGCAUUGUGGGUGCAGGCCCUUUUAGUGAAGUAGUAGCCUGUAUGACUCCACCAUCAGUUCCUGCUAUUGUGACUUGUCUUCAAGAAAUAAGUGAUGAUGAUAUAGAAAAUCCCAAUUAUUCACCAUCUACAUGCCUUGCAAUAAGCUGGGGAAAGCCUUGUGAUCAUGGUUCAGAAAUCCUUGCCUACAGCAUAGACUUUGGAGAUAAACAGCCCUUGACAGUGGGAAAGGUUACAAACUACAUUCUAGACAAUCUGCAGCCAGAUACAACAUACAGAAUACGAAUUCAAGCCUUGAAUAGCCUUGGAGCUGGUCCUUUCAGCCACACAAUAAAAUUAAAAACUAAACCCCUCCCUCCUGAUCCACCUCGUCUGGAAUGCGUUGCCUUCAGCCACCAGAACCUUAAACUGAAGUGGGGAGAAGGAACCCCAAAGACAUUGUCAACAGAUUCGGUUCAGUACCACCUUCAGAUGGAGGAUAAGAAUGGAAGGUUUGUAUCCUUAUACAGAGGUCCAUGUCAUACAUACAAAGUACAAAGACUUAACGAGUCAACGUCCUAUAAAUUCUGUAUUCAAGCUUGUAAUGAAGCAGGGGAAGGUCCUCUUUCCCAAGAAUAUAUUUUCACUACUCCAAAAUCUGUCCCAGCUGCCCUGAAAGCCCCCAAAAUAGAGAAAGUAAAUGAUCACAUUUGUGAUAUUACAUGGGAGUGUUUACAGCCAAUGAAAGGUGAUCCAGUUAUUUACAGUCUCCAGGUUAUGGUGGGAAAAGAUUCAGAGUUCAAACAGAUUUACAGAGGUCCUGACUCUUCAUUCCGGUAUUCAAGCCUUCAGCUGAACUGUGAAUAUCGUUUCCGCGUGUGUGCCAUUCGCCAGUGCCAAGACCCUGCGGGGCAUCAGGACCUCGUCGGUCCCUACAGCACCACAGUGCUCUUCAUCUCCCAGAGGACUGAACCACCAGCCAGCGCCGGCAGAGACACUGUGGGAGGCUCGAGGCCCGGGCGGGCACUCAGCGACGAGCAGUGCGCGGCCGUCAUCCUCGUGCUCUUUGCGUUCUUUUCCAUUUUGAUUGCCUUUAUCAUCCAGUACUUUGUAAUCAAGUGAAAAUAUAACUUUAUUUUUAAUAUUACAUUUUAUUUUGUCAUGUACUAAAAUUAUUUCUGUAUUGCUUUUACAAAAACAGUGGCAUUUAGCACUGGCAUUGAGACUCUAGUACAUCAUUUUGGCCAUUUUUAAUGCUUUAUAUUGCUAGGUAGAGGCUGGCACCUUAUUAGAAUGCAAGCCACAGAAAUAGCAAUUUUUGGCUUUUUGUUUGGUUGGGGCUCUUUUUUUUCCUUCCUUUCUUUCUUUUUUUUGACAUGCCUUCUUGUGAAACAAAAUUUCUGAGAGGCAACAAUACAAAUUAUAAUUGAUAUUUUGACCAGUCGGCAUGAGUAUAACAGUGACAUCCUGAUCUGUUUGUUCUAAAGAUUAUUACCUGGUGAAAAAUUCAGAAUGGUUAAAAUUCACACUAACAUACUAUAUAAAAAUGUUUAAGUAUGAUGAUGCUGUGAAAGCAAUCUAGUGCUAUAUUUCUACCUCCUCAUUUGUCUUAAUUUGGUAAGUGGGAUUAUGAUGAAUAACUGGAGGGGCUUAGCAGACAAAAACUGGAUGAAAGAAUAUGCAUGGAAAAAAGCUUCUUGUUUGAUAAAUGUGGAGUUCUUCAUUACAAGUAUAUAUCCAUGAAUUCACAGAUAAGUCACUUGAAGAAAGCACAGACAGUUUACUUGGCCUAAAAAUAUUUUAACAUUUACUCAGAAAUACAUCUUCAGGUCUUGAAAACAUGGAAAAGAACAGAGGGCUUUUAGAUAGUUAACUUUUUAAAAGUACUUCAUAAUCAGUUCUGAAUUUCAAACUUAUUUGAUUUUUGAGCCUUUGAACUAUAUGUGUGUGUAUAAGGACAUGCACGUACAUAUGGCUUUAUAUAUACCAAGUGUAGAAAUAUAUAUAUAUAAUAUAUAUACACACAAACACAUACACUCUCACUCCAUCUAUCUGGUAUAGGCUAAUUUUGAAGAACUCCCAUAAGUUUUGCUGCUUCUCCCAUAACUACUGCCAUCACCAUCAGAAUUCAUAAUCAAACCUAACCUUUUUGUUUGGGGCACCAAAUCUGAAGACAAAAUUAAUUUGCACCAGUAAACUUCAAGCUGCUUUCUUUCUUGAAAAACUAAUGUUUAAUGUAAUGUCUGUUUGGAUACUGUUCCAGUUGUUGAUUGCAUGUGGUUAAUGUUGCAUUAGAGCACUUUGCAAUUACAUAAUUCAUUAAUGUUUUGUGAGCUUGCAUUUGUGAGUUAUUGGAUGAUCAGACUGAAUCUUGUAAAGUAUCACAUUUUACAUCUUGCAUAGAUGUCCAUGACUGCCAGUAAUAAUACAGUUUGUAAUGAAACUAUCUAAAAUUCUUGUUUUAUCACAUCUGUUAUCUGUAAAACACUUGUAACUAGCCUUUUUAAUUUAUUAUUUGAAUUUUAGGAUAGUGAAUCACUAAUUUUUAGUUGCUGAGGUUAGCAUUUUAGUGAUUACUAAGCACUUCUGUCAGUCUUUGAAAAAAAGGACGUAUGUUUUGUGCUUUGAAGAUCUCUGAAGAAUUUCUUCUGUUAGAAUGGGCAUGUAUUGUAAUUGUUUUAUGUCAAAUGAUCUGUGCUGUAGAAAAAAAACAUUAACUUUUGUUCAAAAAAGAAAUGGAUAAACUUGGCCUUCCCAAGUGGUAAGAAUGAUCUGUCACUAUAAAAUACUGUAUGUUUACAUUUUAUUUAAAUUUAAUCUCUUAUAUGUAGGCUGAUAACUUCCCCAAAAACAGUGAUUGUUUUCUAGAAACUUCUUAAAAGUGCCACAUUUGGCAGUACAAAUGAGUUUGAGUGUAAUAGCCCAGAGAUUUCUAUAUAGUUGAAUGUCUAAAAUGGUAAAAUGUGCCACUGUGGCAGUUACAGUGGCUUAUGUUUUUCAUAGUAUCUCAAAUGAACUCCUAUUUUUGAUAGUAAAUGUCAUUUAAUAGUGUACUUGCCAUUUGAGCCUCACUGCAAAAUGAGUGCAGAGGAGAAACAAUUUUUAAUGUAAUCUUGAUUUUACCUCAUAUACUGUACAUUCCAAAAACUCUAAACUUUUUAAAGAUUAUAGAUACACUACCAAACAUAUCACCUUAAAAUUGUGUAAGGAUGAACUUCAUACAGAUGAAAAAAUAUAAUCUCAUAAAAAUACAUAAACUAUGUAGCAAAAAUAUCUUUAAAAUCCAUGGAAAAUAAAAGUUGUAUCAUUCUUUUUUUGAGCUAUGUUUAUUGUAUUCAUAAACAUUAUUUGCUGCCUCUUUUUUGGAGAAUGAAAUGUUAAGGUCUCCCCUCUUGCAAUUGGCUUACAACAGUUUCCCCAAAAUAAUUAAAUCUUCAACAGGAGAGGAUCCAUAUUCAAGAAGGUCAAGUUUUAUCCUAGUGAGCUGAUUUUGUGCAAUUCACUAUAUAUCUAUAUAUAAAGAAAACAAGAUAUCUAAUGAAUAAAGAUGGGUCUGAGGUAAACUUCC